CUUAUCUGCUACAGAGAUUAUAUAAAUUCGCCCGAGGCAAUUUCGGCGUGCUUUACUUACCUGCUGUCUAUUUUCCUUUUCCCCCAAAAAAAACACUUUCGUUAAUUGCGAAAACGAAAGAGCCCGUGUGAACUAGAGAGGUCAGGAAAAGAGGAAAAAGAGAGAUAAAUUGGAGGCUAUUAGCGAGAAGCCAUCAGUGCUAGGUUAGCUGAAUUUCCCCCUAAUCUGUUCAUCUCCCUGUGUGGUGCUGGUGUGAAGCCUGUGAUGUCUUCUCCUACCUCAUGAGCUUCCAGUCUGGAACUGUGGUAGCUUCUUGUUUUUCCUAAUCCCUUUUCAGCUCAGGUUCAAAAUCCAUAGUCCUGUCCUCACUUGAGCGCUCGUGAGCUCCCGCCGGCGGUUAAAGAUUGCAGCUUCAAGUUCUAGUCCGAGAAACGGUUGUUGCUCCGCCAUGGAGGUGGGGUCCGAGCAAGGGCUGAUGGCGGGGAGGGAUCUGUUCGGCAUGCCGAAGAGCCCGCCGGCGCAGGUGCCAGGGCCGCCGCCGUCCGCGGCCAUGCAGAGCGUACGCAUGGCGCACACCGCGGAUGGCACCCCUGUGUUCGCCCCGGUGACCUCCUCGGCAGCGCCGCCGUCUUACCAGCCGCAGGGCGCGGCCCACGGGCCUAGCAUGUCUGCGACGGCGGCCACUGGAGGCAAUGGCGCCAUGGCGCCGCCGGGCAUGGGUGAGCCGGUGGCCAAGAAGAAGCGCGGGCGGCCAAGGAAGUACGGACCGGACGGGUCCAUGUCGCUGGCAUUGGUGCCUGCAUCGGCGGCUACAAGGUCGCCGGCGACGGGGCAGGGUUCUUCUGGGACGUUCUCACCAGCGGGGUUGAAUCCCGCGAACUCUGUGCCGGGGGUGUCGCCGGACGGAGUGAAGAAGCGGGGCCGGCCCAAGGGUUCUACCAACAAGCCGCGCAUGGAUGCUCUUGGGUCAUCAGGAGUUGGAUUUACUCCUCAUGUUAUUACAGUUCAAGCUGGGGAGGACGUUUCAUCGAAGAUUAUGUCAUUUUCUCAGCAUGGAACGCGUGCGGUUUGCGUUCUUUCAGCAAAUGGUGCCAUAUCAAAUGUAACGCUUCGCCAGACUGCUACUUCAGGUGGAACUGUAACAUACGAGGGUCGAUUUGAGAUACUAUCACUGUCAGGGUCAUUCCUCCUGAUAGAGAAUGGAGGCCAGCGUAGUCGAACUGGAGGGCUCAGUGUGUCACUGGCUGGUCCUGAUGGUCGUCUUUUGGGUGGUGGAGUUGCAGGACUUCUCAUAGCAGCUUCACCAAUUCAGAUAGUGUUGGGAAGCUUCAAUUCUGAAGGCAAAAAGGAGCCAAAACAGCAUGCUCCUUCAGACCCUGCAUCGGCACCACUGAAGAUCACCCCGACCACCACUAUGGGACCCAACAGCCCCCCUUCAAGGGGCACAUUGAGUGAAUCAUCUGGUGGGGCUGGAAGCCCACCACCACUGCAUCAAGGCAUGGCUGCAAGCAACAGUAAUCAACCACCAAUCAUAUCCAGCAUGCCCUGGAAAUGAGCUCUGCAUCCUUGACCAAAUCCAGGCAGGCUCAGAUCUACAAUUGACGAACUGCCUCCCAGGCAGGAAGUAGCAAUUUGCGCUUCAGUAGCGCUCGUUCUCUGACUAGCGUAUGCAGUGUAAAUCGAAGCUUGAGUAGGGAGAGUACUGUAGCUGGUAAGUUUGUAGCUCUAUUGUAGGCUUCACCCUGAAUUCCUGUGCUAGGUGAUAAUGUAUUGAGCUUUGACCAUGUGAUCCUUCGUAGUGUUACCAAAUGUUAUUUUACUCCAUGUUCUAUCAAAUGUUAUUUAGUUAUAUGUUAUACCAAUUUGAAUUGAUUAGGCUGGAAGAUUCCUGUAUGAAUAUGUUGUUUGCGCCUGACCAUUUGUGAUCUUGAGAACAUUUGGAGCCAAGGAUUUUGUCCAAAUA